AUGUCGCUCGUGUCCGGCGAGAAGACAAACUUCCAGUACAUCUUGCGUCUUCUGAACACCAACGUUGAUGGCAAGCAGAAGGUCGUCUACGCCUUGACCCAGAUCAAGGGUGUUGGUCGCCGCUACUCCAACCUUGUCUGCAAGAAGGCCGAUGUCGACCUGAGCAAGCGCGCUGGUGAGCUGACCACCGAAGAGCUUGAGCGUAUCGUCACUAUCCUCCAGAGCCCGACCCAGUACAAGAUCCCGACGUGGUUCCUGAACAGACAGCGUGACAUCACCGACGGCAAGGACUUCCAGGUCGUCUCCAACAGCCUGGACAGCAAGCUCCGUGAGGACCUUGAGCGCCUCAAGAAGAUCCGCUCCCACCGCGGUCUCCGUCACUACUGGGGCCUUCGCGUCCGUGGCCAGCACACCAAGACCACUGGUCGCCGUGGCCGCACCGUCGGUGUCAGCAAGAAGAAGGGCUAA